UCUCUUCUAGCCUUGACACUGGAAUCGACGCACUGUUUGACGUAAAUGCUCCCAUGUAGACAGUUUUCAGCAAGCUAGACAGCGUUCAGCACUGCCAGGAUUUAUCGUAGUGAAGGCUGAUAGUCUCAGGCAGUGACAUGGCCAACCCUUUGAGGAGAGAGGUUAGACAGCUGUACAAGAAUCUACUGUAUCUGGGACGGGAAUACCCCCAAGGAGCAGACUACUUCAGGGAGCGUCUGAACAGUGCCUUUAUGAAGAACAAAGAUGUCACAGACCCCAAGGAGAUCAGAAAGCUUGUCGACUGUGGAGAAGUUGUGAUUAAGGAACUGGGGACCCUGUACUAUCUGAGGGAAUAUAGAACCAUGAAAAAGCGUUUCUACGAAGAAGAAUUGUUAGGCCUGCUGAAUAUAGGCAGGCCGAUAGACUGAUAGCCUAGAUGUUUGGCAGCAGAAUCUUCAGUAUGCGAGUUGCUCCAUGAAUUGAGAACAUUUUGGGUUGUUUAACUUGGUCCCCAACAAAUAAUGAUUUCACCUCAUUUUAACAUGCUGUCAUAAAGAGCACAUGUUCAACUUUGUAAAAACAUAUUUUUCCAUGUCAAGGGCUGAAAUAAAACAAAUGACUAGUAAGUGCUAUUAAAGUAA